AUGGCUUCUUCUAGUAAAAGUGCAGAAAAUCUGAACAAACAUGAAAAAAGAUGCACCCGUUGUGGAAAACUCAGAGUCAUUGAAGACUUUAUUCGGCAGGUCGGAGAUCGUUUAAAUGAAAAUGCCACAUCUGAUGUUGAUGAUAAUAUUUCAGAAGAAAGAAUUCCCGGUGAUAAUAGAACAUUAUAUGAUUUAUCACAGCUAGAAGAUAUAAUUGCAAAUAAUUUUAUGGAUAUUGAUGAAUAA